CCGGCGCGCGCCUUCCUCUGCUCGCGCAAAGGCUGCCUCCUGCUGGCCGAAUCGGGUCUCUCCUUCAUCACCUUCGUCUGCUACGUGGCGUCCUCUGCGUCCACCUUCCUCACGGCACCCUUGCUGGAGUUCCUGCUGGCCCUCUUCUUCCUCUUUGCUGAUGCCAUGCAGCUGAAUGACAAGUGGCAGGGCUUGUGCUGGCCCAUGAUGGACUUCCUGCGCUGUGUCACGGCAGCUCUCAUUUACUUCGCCAUCUCCAUCACGGCCGUCACCAAAUACUCUGACGGAGCCUCCAAAGCGGCCGGGGUGUUUGGCUUCUUUGCCACCAUCGUGUUCGCAAUUGACUUCUACUUGAUCUUCAACGACGUGGCCAAAUUCCUCAAACAAGGGGACUCCACGGAUGAGACCCAGAGACCAUUCCUGGGCACCAGUGCCCUGGCAACACCGCCAAGCAUCCUCUUUGCUUUCCUUUCAGAAGAGAAUUCCGACUCUGACUCCGACUGA